UCUAAACCCAGACACCCCCUCAACCAUUCACCCUACCAGCUGGGAUACUUUUUCCUAAGGGAGUGUACCCAAUGUUCACAGAGGUUUAAGGUCUUUUGGGGGUGCAGCUGUGGAGGUGUGACUGCUGUGGGUCCUCUAGACUAUCCCUCUCAGUCUGGAGAGGGAAAGCAAUAAUUUGGAGGUGCAACUGAUGUCCCUGAAGCUUUGGUCAUUCUGAGGGGCAUUGCAAGGGACUGGGAUGCAGGAGAUAAGAUGGGUUCUGUAGGGUUCUUUUGGGGGGGGGGUAACAGUGAUCAUGGGGUUCCCUCUGUUCUGAAGGGACAUCAACAGAAAGAAAGGGGUGCCAAGACACUUCAAUGGGGACAGGACUUAAUGCUUUGAUGGGGAAGGAUGUGAAGCAGCGAGAGUGAAUUUUUUGGGGGGAGCAUCCCAUAAAACUUGUGAACCGUUUGUGAUUCCUCUGGGAAUCUGGGGAGAGACAGCCAAGUUGUUUAGUUAUGGGGCCGACAAGGAAGACCUGAAGCUGUUAUUAGGGUGCGAUCAUAAGGUCUGGGCAGACAACCUUGUUGGACUACAGUUCCCAUCUUUCCUGCCCACUGGCUAUGGGUGGCGGGGGCUGAUGGGAGUUCCACCCCAACAGUGUCUGUCUGGGGCUCCAGUUUGGUUUUUCUAUUAGUGAUAUGAACCUUUAUUGCAUCUUAAUUUUGGUUUGUUUUUUUUUUGGUAAGCUGCCUUGAGUCCCAGAGUUGGGGAAAAGGUGGAAUAUAAAUAUCAGCAUCAAUAACAACAACAACAACAACAACAGAGAUAAUAAUAUUAACCCCUAAAGUUUGGCAGGAUGAGGAGAAGCAGAUUGAAUCAGCCAAGAUUAACAGAUACAGGAGCAAUGGGUUUGUGUUAUAUUUUAUCGAAAGUGUGCACAUUUUGAAGUUGGUGAGAGCAAAGAAAGAAACUUUUGAAGUGCUGGAUGCGGGUGCAGUUCAGAAAUUUGGCGCUCAGACACAACUUGGGCUGUGGAAAUUGGAGCAGUGUGUGUGUUUUUUCGUGCAACUGGUGUGAGUGAAGUUGUGAAUCCUGGCUGUGAAAGAGGUCCAGCUGGAAUCAAGGCGAUAACUUAGAGGGAGAUGAAGUAGAAGGGAAAUUGACCAAGAAAGGGCUUGGAAAUAGCUAUUAACCAAGGUGUUUGAGGCGGUGUAGUGGUCUGAGCGUUGGUCUACGACUCUGGAGAUCAGGGUUCGAAUCCCCGCUCGGCUACGGAAACCUAUUGGGUGAUUUUGGGCAAGUCACACACUCUCAGCCCCUGAAAACACUGCGAUAGGUUCGCCUUAGGGUUGCCAUAAGUUGGAAAUGACUUGAAGGCACACAAGAACAACAAGCCAUAACUUUUGGAAGAGGCAGAGGCACAUCUGAGAUGUCUGAUGGAAAGCGAUGUUGGACCAAACAGCAUCCGAGACAUACAGGCCUCGGUUGGGAGGCAAAGCCCAAGGGUUGUAUCCUUCCCUGCCCGUAACUUAUGUCCUGGGAGACCCAGCCUUCAUACCACGGCAGUGGUUUCUAUGGGCUCAGCUGACCAUCGCUUCAACCUGGCUGAGAUCCUGUCGCAAAACUACGGGGUGCGGGAAGAGACGGAAGAAGAGGAAGACGAGGAGGAGCAUCGAGAAGAGGAGAAAGCAAAGCCUUUUGAAGAACUAGACAAGAGCUUCAAUGCCUCCCAGAACACAGAAAUGCCCUUUGAGGAACUGUUGGCGCUCUAUGGCUAUGAGGCCUCUGACCCCAUCUCUGAGCAAGAGAGCGAGAGCAAUGAUGCUGCUCCCAACCUCCCGGACAUGACCCUAGAUAAGGAACAAAUAGCAAAGGAUCUGCUUUCUGGGGAAGAGGAAGAGGAGACGCAGUCUUCGGCUGACGAUCUCACUCCUUCAGUCACUUCCCAUGAUGCGUCGGAUCUUUUUCCCAACCAAACUGGCUCAAACUUUCUUGCUGAUGAAGACAAGGGUCCCUGCUCUUCCCCGUCUGCUUCCUUCUCAGCUGAGGACUCUGAAGAAGACUCUCUCCCCCCAAAUGACUGCAAGAAGGAGAUUAUGGUUGGGCCUCAGUACCAGGCAGCUGUUCCCCUUCUCAGCUUGAACAUGCAUAGCGAAAAAGUCUAUGAGAAUGAAGAUCAGUUGCUUUGGGAUCCAAAUAUCCUCCCUGAACAAGACGUCGAGGAGUUCCUUUACCGAGCCAUCAAGAGGAGGCGGGAUGAAGUCUCCAAUGCCAGUCUUCCGGAAGGAGAAAUGGUGAAGGACAACGAACAGGCCUUAUAUGAAUUGGUAAAAUGCAACUUCAAUCCAGAAGAAGCCCUCCGGAGACUCCGGUUCAAUGUAAAGGUCAUUCGAGAUGAACUGUGUGCCUGGAGUGAAGAGGAAUGCAGGAACUUUGAGCAUGGGUUUCGGGUCCACGGGAAAAACUUCCACCUUAUUCAAGCCAACAAGGUCCGCACCCGAUCGGUGGGCGAGUGUGUGGAGUACUAUUACAUGUGGAAGAAGUCGGAGCGCUAUGACUACUUCACCCAACAGACACGGUUCGGGAAGAAGAAGGAUUACACGGAUAAUUUUUUGGAUGGCAGCGAGGGGGAAAAUGCCAGCCGUGCCCAUGGCUCUCCACCCAUCCCGUCGGCUACCGGUUGCCUCGACUCUCGCUUUAAUCCAGAUCACCUGACGAUGGAGGGUGCAGAGCCCUUAAGUAUUGAAAGCGCCGCAUGCAGUUUGGGCAGCACCAGUGAGUCGGGCCAUGGCUACGAGUGCAGCACUCCUUCAGAAACAAACUGUUCCUUCGAUCCUGCUGAGGAAGUGCCCAUGGGAGGCCGGGCGCCACCCUUUCUGCAGCACCCACCAGAUCCCCCCGAAAGUGGCUUCUACCAGAUGGCGGCAGCAGGCAAGCAGGAGCCAUUGCAGUGUUCGGGGGAAGCCAUUGCCAUGGACUUCACCCUCCCUAGGAAUGUCACGGAGAGGCUGCCUUUAAUUUCUGGCCACGUGGGACUGGACAGGGAUUCAGAGACGUUGGUGGCCCCUGCGCAAGUGUCCUUAUCUGUCCCCGAUUUCAGCAUCAUUGGCAUCGGAGAUGUAAAUAGCUUCCUGGCUGCUCAGCCGGCCUGCCCAGCACCGACAGCCCAUUUGGACUCCUUGUCUCAGUGACACUGACCGUCGACGGGUCUCUUUGUAGGCUGGACGUUGACUCGGAUGGGACUGGAUCCAAGUUCCCUUUGGGGGCAUGGAGGCGGGUUGGGGCAGUUGGUCAACCUACCGCUUUUCCCCAGGCCCAUGAGGACGGGUCAGAAUUGUCAGACCUCUCGGACCUCGCCUUUUCCCUCCAAAAAACACAGGAGCAUACACCGCCAUUCCUGCCCUGCCCCUGAUGUUUCGAUAUCUCUCCAGCGAAACCAAACACCUACGUAGGGUUAUAUCUCUUUUUCUCUCUCAUGCAGCUUCAUGAAAAGCCGGCAGAGGGGAAACUGUGACCCCUGUGGGGUCAUUGCAGACAAGGAGGCCAAAGCCAUUCAGGGGCAGGUAGAAUCUUCCCCCAUUCAACCCCUUGUUCACUUGAACAUCCACUGGCUCCCAUCCUGUGUAGUGCAGUGUAGCGUAGUAGUUCCACAUGAGAAACUAUGCUAAAGUAGGACAACCACCCAAUAUCUAUUCACUGUCCAUUGGAGGAGUGGGAAAACAUCUGGCUCCACCACCCAAUAACUAUUCACUGUCUGGUGGAAGAGUGGGAAAACAUGUGGCCAUUUUUCUGUAGCCAGUUACGGAAUGGGUACAUCCUCUGUUGAGGUCCUUAGGCAGUUUCAGUCAGUUGUGUAAUCAUUUUGCGUCUGGCUACAGAAACACAGCCAGGCACUUCACCAAUCCCGCACUGCACUCUGCCAGAUACUACUUGGAGGAGAGAUGCAAUAAUUCUAGGUCCCAGAAGAGGCAUUGGUCAGUGCAGAGGGAGACGGGAAUAUCAACCAAAAAGAAAUGUGCACAGGUGUACGGUUGACUUACGCCUGGAUAUGCUACUAAUGGGAUGCUAGCCAAUAUCACCAGCCAAUGUAACUCUGGUAUUGUAAGGGAUACAGUGGAGAGAGAAAGGUUUGCCCUAAGCACUUUUAUUAAGGGAGCAAGGAGAGUGGAUUGUGGGGUAUUUUUGUUCCAGAAGAAUGGAUGCAGAAAGCAGCUGGCCAUCAAGGCGAGGAACAAGCCGGAAGGAGAUUACGACCUCAAGUUUUCAGUUGUAACAGCAGGAACUGGUACCUCUUCUUUUUUUAAUUUUUGGUUUUCUCUGCACAUUUAGGAGGUGAAUUCUUGCCAAAUCUGGUAGUUGCGUCCUGUAUUUCUAGGGGUGGAAUGGGGCACCGUUUGGUCCUCUUUCUUUGCUCUUUUCCUCUGGCUUCUUCUCAUUGGUGACUUCCCAGGAUGGAGAUACUUGUGUCCGGCAAGAUGAGGAAGCCAGAGUUCUUGCCUUUCAAGGCAAAGCCAGGGUUUUCCAAAGGAUUUGCCAUUGAAGAGAUUCAGUGGGAAUUUGGGAAGGAAAAACAGGAGGCAAGGGAAAGAUGGUCGUAGGGGAAUUCACAAUGUGAGGAGGACGAAGGCUCUGUAAACCAUUUCCCCUACUUACGCUGUUCUUAACCUCCUUUCAGGGCAGGUGUUCCCUUGUCCUGAGUGUCUCAUGGGCACAGAGUCCUGUGUCCGCAAGGAAGGGAUCAUAGUUGUGAAAAUAGCGUUUCCUCUUUCUUUUGGCUCAUGUGCCCACAUGUGAGAUGGCACAUUAGUGGACUUUCAGCUGCUUUUGUCCUCCAGCCCCCUAAGAUGACAUUCCAUGGCAGGAAGAAAUGGAAGGGGCACGCAGGAGGAAUUCACAAUCGAUGGAAGAAUGUGUUUGCUUUUCCCAUAGUGACUUGUAAAAUGUUAAGUCUGAUGCCAGCAGCUACAGAACUGCUGUUUCAGAGUGCCAAAACUAGGAACCAAAGGAACAGAGAACUCGAAAAAUGGAUUUCCCCAGCCACUUCUCUGCUCUUUUGGCCUGCCAGGAACAUUACAAAAUUGGCAAGGGUGUGUCUUUUUAAGGGUGAAUCCUCAACUUUCCUUCUCCCUAGUUUGUCCAUUGUACGCAAAGCCAAGGUGAAGGUUUGCUGUUACUGGAUUUUGUUACUGGUAAUAUCCUUUCUCCCCGACCCCGAUAUUUUUUAAAUUGAACCUUUUUGGGGUUGCAGUGUUUCUGUCCUCAAUCUGAUCCUUCCCCGGCUUCUGACAAAACCACUUUACCUCUGCUGUUGCUCUAUACGCAUUUAUUUGCUCUUCUCUGGUUGUAUAAUUUGAAAUUUUAGGGCAAGGGUUGAAAUGGAGUGAAAGAGAGUGGAAGGUAAGGUCACUACCAUCUUCUGUUUCCCCCUAAGUUCAUUUCUGCACAACUGCUGCUGCUGUUACUUUUCCUCCUCCUUGACUCUGUGGUCCACUUUUCAGAGAGGCAUUUGGUGAAUGGGGAGAAUACGACUGAAAGUUGAAUGCUUUCUGUCAUCUUGCUUACAGCACCGGUUCUCAUUGUUAUAAUAAUAACACAUCUUACAGAUGAUCGUGCCAGUUACAUCAAGGUGAAAGGGAUUUGUGCUGGAGCAUAGCUGGAGUUACGAGGAGAGACAUGAAGGUGACAGGCCCCCAAACAGAGCUGAUAGUGACAAAUGUCAGAGGUUGCGCUUUGGUAAUCAAACCUUCAUCCUACUUUAUGGCCUCGCAGAGCAUAAUCAGGACUCGUCCCGAUACGAUAGCAGUUCUACUGCGGUCUCAACUGAUGCUCAAAUACCCUACGCGCACAUGUCCAGUUCCUUAUCCUCAUGAAGGUUUGCCUAUGUUUUGUGAAGCUGAAAAUAGUUUUUAGGGCUAUUUUAGUUUUUAGUGGAGUUCUACCUCCUUUCAUGGCAAGGUAUCCUGGGUUAUGUGGUUGCAGUCCAGUUCUUUCCCAUUGCGACCCUCUUGACUGCAAAUCCUAUUCGGAUUAUUGCCUACUGGACUGUGCAGAUCACAAGACCCAUUUUCCUCUGGGUCCUCUGCCAUCAUGGGGUUAACAGCAAAAUUACAUCUUGCAACUAAAGUCCCAUCUGGAAUCUUGCUGUCCUACUUUUAUCUAGCCUGACCCUAUUUCUUUUCCACUUGUACACCAGGCCAUUUGGGGCUCAAGAUUCAUACUUCCAUGCUCUGCUCCAGAUAAAUCCAUUCACAACUCUCAGGGGUUACAUUUCUUCCAAGAUACUUAACGCUUCCUAUGAAUUAACUGUCAGUUUGAAAGCCAAUCACAGUUUUAAGAUUGUUUAAUUUCCUUUCACACAGGAUGGGGUCUUGAGGGGUAAAGAACUAUUGUUUUUUCCCCAUCUUGUGAUAAAUAAGUGUGGGCAUGCUAGGAUACAUCUUUGGAAACAAGCGACACAAAGGAAGCAAAUGAUACAAUAGUUCAGCGUAUGCUGAAAGCCGCGUAUGCCGCGCCUGCAUAAAACGUGGGGGCACUGUACACACAUUUCGUUUUCUCAGGUCGCCAAAGCAAGCUCUGCAUUGAAGGAGAUUCCUUUUGUGAAGUCGAAGGCUUUCAUGGCCGGCAUCCAUAGUUUUUUGUGGGCUUUUCAGGCUAUGGGGCCAUGUUCUAGAAGAGUUUGUUCCUGACGCUUCACCAGCAUCUGUGGCUGGCAUCUUCAGAGAAUGUCAGGAAGAAACUCUUCUAGAACAUGGCCCCAUAGUCUGAAAAACCCACAAAAAACUAGAGAUUCCUUUUGUUUUUCUGCAUUCCCAUCUUCAGCCACUAGAUGGCAUAAACCACUGCUCUUGGUUUCCACCUAGAGGCAGUGAGGUGAAACUGCAACCAGAACCUCCUUUUUCGCUCCUUAGCACCGAAAGGCAUUGUAGGUGGCGCCUUGAAGAAAAUGGAUCAUGCCCACUGCGUUGCAUCCCAGUGCCCCUUGGGUUUUACAUUGCUUUACUGAGCAAGGCUCUGUUUCCCCUGGCGGUCUUCUCAAACGGGAAGCAAACAUUCAACUCACUUAAGUGCUGCUCCCGUUUUAAAAAAACAAAUGCUUGUUGGAUCAAUGGCAAUUAGGGUUUAUUUGCUUUCCUCUCCUCGGCAUCACAGUAUUUGUUUCCUUUUAGAUAUGGACCCGUUUCAUUUCAUCUUGCCUAUUUUGUUUUUAAUAUGUCUUAUUUAUAUAUGUAUAUUCCCCGGGUUUGUUUACAGUUUGUGAGGAAGUGGUCUUACCUUUCGGGGUGGGGAGGGGGGAAUUGCAAUGAUAAGGGUGUGGGGAACCGGGUGUCCAGGAAGCGGAGGAAGGACUAGCAGCUCGUAUUUUAUUUGCCUUGGUAGAGGCGGGUGGGUGGGAAGGGAUUUUGUUUUGGGAUACGAUUCCAUUUAGGCUGCUUUCCUCCUAUUUCUCACAUCCUUCCCCAUUGUGAAAGCAGGGAAGGUCUCCACUGUGAUGUGAAACUGCCUUGAAAUACCCUUCAUUUAUUUAUUUAAUUAAAAGUCUACGUUGGGGGGGAACCCUGCAACCGAGAGGGAGAGUUGAGUCGUUUAUAUACGCAUCUACUAGCAGGUAUAUCGGGUCUCCAUGAAUUAAUUCCCAUCUCUGCUUUGCGUUCAUCCCUCCCCUUUCCGUUUUUCUUCUUCUUUCCUCUGCCCUGAUGGUUCUACUGUUUCCCUCUGUAUAUACUUCUCUCUGGUUCUUUACUAAGCCUUUGAACUGCUUUGACUUCUGGGGCACUACAAGGCAGAGCAACACAUUGAGUUGCCUAGAGUCCCUUUGGAGGAGAAAUGGGCCGGCUAACCUUCUUUGUGGCUAGGAAAUAUCGCCCGACACUUAACCACUUGAGAUGAUGCUACGGAUACUAUGGACCACAAGCUGGUUUUAAUUUAGAAAAAUUAAUCAGUACGUUCUAGAAAAGGUCCAGCAGGUGUAAUGGUCCGGACGUAAGGA